GUAUAAUAUGUUGGUGGUGUCGCUGGUGUUUUGAUCUAUGGAUGCAUGAAUGAUUCGCUGCGCACCGCAGCAACAAAAGCAACAACGACCGUAAUGACACCAGAAAACAAUUGAAAUAAUUCUAGCAGAAAUUUUUGUUAGCUCACCGACCCACAGGGCAGCUAACUUUAUUCGUGGUGUGUAUGCUUUUUUUUUUUGUGGCUCAGUUUCCAUUCCAACGUCGAACGAACCAAAAGUUGCAACGUGAAAAAAUACAAUUUCGGUGAAAUAUUCACACACAUUUCGAAUUCGGGAAAAAGUGUGCAAAAAAGGCUCGCAAUAAUUAAUAAAUGCGCUUAAAUGCGCCAUGAACUAUGCAAAAGUUAUGUGCUAAAAGUGAGAGCUAAAAAGUGUAUGUUGCAACUGGCAGUCAUGUGGAAUGCAUUAAGGAUUCAACAGUUUUUCUGGCCACUAACGAUUCUGCUUCACCUGUCGCAAUUUUGUUCUGGCCAACAGACGCACAUUAAAUUGGAGCAGGGUGAUCUUAUUGGGCUCAAGGUCUUUCCGGAUGGAACACGUGGCGCUGUAUACGCCUUUUUGGGCAUUCCCUAUGCCCAGGCUCCGAUCAACGAACUCCGAUUUUCACCCGCCAAGCCGAGUUCCGGUUUCAAUCGCACCCUGCAGGCCACCGCCAUGCAGCCGCUCUGCCCACAGCUUUCUAACACCAUUUACGACGAGAGUUCGGAUGGUAGCAUUCCCAGAUCGGUGACCACCGACGAGGACUGCCUGUACCUGAACAUCUGGACGCCGGAGUCGGGGAUGCGAUACGGCAAACUGCCCAUCGUGGUGAUCGUCACGGGUGAGGAGUUCGCCUACGAUUGGCCCAGAAACCGCAUCAAUGGCUUGGAUCUGGCUGGCGAGGGAAUUGUGGUGGUCAGUGUCCAGUACCGGAAUAAUAUCUACGGAUGGCUGAGUCUGGGCGAACAGCACCGACAUAUCCCGGGAAACUAUGGACUAACCGAUGUCCGGAUGGCCUUGCGCUGGAUUCAAAGGAAUGCCGAUGCCUUUGGCGGCAAUCCAGAUCAGAUUACUCUCUUGGGUCAUGGCAGUGGAGGAGCUCCUCUCGCGCUGGUGGCGACUUUGGAGGAUCCCGGCCUGGUCAAGAAACUGGUGCUUAUGUCACCGGGUCCUAUAAUGCGAAGCCUGGGUCGGAAUCACCAACGCAGGAUAGUGGAAACUGGUCAGGUGCUCGUCCAGAAACUGGGCUGCCAGUUCGAGGAGGCCCAGCGACGCCAGCUGAUGGGUUGCCUCCGGCGAAAGAGCCGCGAGGAUUUGCUCCGCGCCUACGAGAGUGUCUAUAAUCAUGGCAAUGGCACUUCUCAGCUGGGAGUGAUCCUGCCCGAAGGAUUGACUUUUGAGGAACGGCUGCGAAAUGAAACGUUGCCUCCACUGCUGCUGGGCAUCACCUCGAAUGAGGGAGCCUUCCUGCAGGACUACUGGUUGGAUGUGGCCCGCGAGGGUCAGGUGGCGCUGCAGAAGUACAUCAAUCACACAUUGUUGCCCGGAGUAAUGCGAUCCCUGGAGUCGGUGGGCGAGGAGACCUCCUCCCAACUCGCAGCCAUUCGCUGGAGGUACUUCAAUGGCAAGGGAGAGGGAGUCAUCCAUUUGCUGGCUGGGAUGCAACGCCUGCUCUCCGAAUCCCUCCACGAACUGCCCUUCUUCCGCCUGCUAGAUUUACUAAAUUCCACCACCAGCUACGCCUACGUAUUCGACCAAUCCCACUCGAUGGACUUGAGGGGCAGGAGGAAUCUCUUCGGGGGCGCCUCCCACAGCUCCGAUCUUCCGCUGCUCCUGGGUCCCAGUCUCUUUCAGCAGAUAGCCCGGCGGAGAUUCAGCGGCGAGGAGGAGCAGCUGUGCCGGAAGAUAAGGGGAGCCUUUGCUAAUUUCAUCAAGAAUGGCAAUCCCACGCCGGGAAGGAUCUACGAUGGCUGGUUGCCCUACAACCGGGAGAACCCCUUUGUCUACAGCCUGGGAGAGCAGGCGAAGACGGCGCAGGCAGGAUCAGUGGACGAGGCGGAGGUGGACAAGCUGCUCCGAGGGGAGGCAGGAGUUCCAGGCGUGGACAGGAGCUUAUCGCGGAGCAAUCGACACGAUACCUACCGAGCAACAGCUGCCAAUUCCUACACGGCGAGCAACCAACAGGACUCGGGUUACUCCAAUCACCUGCAGCGUGUCCACGGAUUCUGGCAGGUGCUGCUCCCACUGGAGCGGGAGGAGGAUCUCCGGGGAGGCGGGGCUCUGGGUCAGCGAGUGCGACUCCUGGAGGCGAGUGCCGAUGCAGCCCGGUAUCGUCAGGGAUUCUAUGCCAUGCUGGGACUCGUCUGUCUGCUCCUCGCCUGCCUUUGCCUCUGCGUUUAUCUGCUCAAAAGGGAUCCGAAUGCCAUGAGAAGACGCAGUGCAUCCUCCGCUUCGGACUGCUACAGCUUAUGA